AUAUUUUUAGCAAUUAAUAAAAAUGAAAAUUCUUUAUAAAUAUACAAUGAACCAAACAAAGACUAUCUAAUGGCCACCUUUCAUAAGACCAUGCCCACACUUUCCUUUUCAUCUUCUUCCCCUUCACCCUUUGAAAAUUCCAAAUCCUCAAUUCAUUUUAAUCUGCAAAAUUGAUAAUAAAAAAAAUAAAAAUAAAAUUCAUUAAAUUAAACUAUUUACAGGAACAAAUCAUGACGACUCUACAGAAAUUCAAGCUGUUAGCUACACAGUGUGCAGUUGCCGGAAGCCCAACAAGGAGCCCAACUGCAAGCCCAGUAAUCCACCUCCGCCGGAGAAGAAGCACUCUCCGUAUGCUGCUCAGCCGCGGCGGAAGAAGGCUGCCGCCGCUCCGUGAAGUUGGAUCUCCGGGCAGGCGGCCGCGGGGCGACGGAAAAUCGUCGGAAAGGGGGAAGGAAAUUGUUGUUAGACAUAAACUGAAGGAUUUGUUUGUUUCGUCACCUCCGACGUUCAAAGAGAAAGUUUCGGAGAAUAUAAGAGAAGGGCUGUUACCAACUGCGGGCGUCGGUGGGGCACGUUCCGGACGGCCGUUAUCAGCUAUGUUCCGGCACCGGUUGCUUAGGAGAGCUUGGCGGCCGGUUCUCGUCGGCAUACCCGAGUGAUGUGAUUAAUCUGACCUUUAAUAGUAAAAUAAUUAUUUUUAGUCUUAAGUUUUUGCUUUUCAUUAUUUUAGAUAAUUUUGGCUUCUGCUUAUUUAAGAUUAUGAAGGUAGAAGAACUAUGUCGUUAUCGUCAAAUUUCGUAUAAAAAAAAGAAUGUUAUCUCUAUGUUAAACCAUAAUUCUUGUCUAUCGCCGUUAAGUCUCUAUGUUACCCUUAAUUUUAGAAUAAUUCCAUAGGUACGGGGAAUUAUUGACAGAAAUGAUACAGGUGUUGUGUUGACAGUAUUUGUAUGGUGUAAUUUCUGUGUUUGUUGUGUUAAAAAUCAAAGAAAAUUUACGAAGUAUUUCUUUGUAGAAAUUCUGUGAAUUUUUUC